UCUGAUCUAGACAUCCUUAAGAUCUAGAGAAUAAGCAUAGGGCCAAGUUAGAACAUCACUGGCGAGUUCCCCGAGUAUUCACCGUCGAUUGAGUCGCAGACAUCCUGGGAGGUUCCCGGUACAAUGUGGCGAGUCCAGAAUCCUGCCUGGAAACUCCUGUUAAGAUCUUUGCUGGAGAGAAUUGAGGACGCCUUGAAAUUGAAAGCUAAUGGCAGAGGCAUAACUGUUAGACGGACAUGCUUGAUUCUCUAUGGUGCUGGCAGUACGAUCCAGCAGACUACAAGUGCAUCGUGUGACACAUCCCUUCGUUUUGGAACGCUUGACAUCGCACUACCUUCUAAGCACGACGAUGUAUCUUUUGAGUUCUCGCAUGACGGAAAGUCUAGGAUUAUUUCUACCAAUGGGCUAUCUCGCUACGACUGCUCUGCUACUGCCUGGUUCUCAGAUGUCCAUAUGACGAGUUCCCCAAUCACCGCCGGACAUCGUUUUGUGCUACGAUACAGCCUCGAGCAUGUGACACCUGGACCAGUCCAUUUUCUCCUCACUGCCGAUCAAUCUAUGGCUUGCCUUCGACCCAUUUUGACUAGUUGGCUGAAGCAGCUUCCAAAGGUCACACAUCCUGUGCUGGGUCACAUAUUGGAGGAGUCUUUUGACGAUGAUGACUUGCGUGAUGGUAUUGAGUUGGAGGGUUAAGACGCCAAUGUGUGGAGCCAGCUUAAGCAAAUUGGUGAAGAGACAGGCAUUUAUGUUUGUCUUGCCAAUAUGCAGAGAGUCACUACCGGGGGAAAGCCGCACAAGGUAGCUGCCUAUGAGAAAGACUAUUCUGGUAACCGAUAUAAGCGCACUCACCAUAGUUCGUGCAGCAGC